AUGGAAAGCUAAUCAUUUUCUCCUAUGUUAGAUAGAGUUAUGGCUCAAGAAAUCUAGUCUGUUAGUUGGAGUAAAACUAUGGAUGUGUGUGCAAUCCUAUAUGUCAAUAACUAAUUAGAAAUAUGCAGAGUAAGCGAAUAAUUGCAAAGGAUGUUCAUGAUUUAAGAAGACGAUGCCAUCAGCAACAUAAUUGUGGAAAGUAUUCAGAGCUCUCUAACUAGGUACGUUCCUGACUUAUAAUGUUGGAAACAAAUUGUUUUUGUAUCAUUUGGCUUCUCAUUAAAAAAUCAUUCAAUCUACUUUAAUUAAGAGUACAGAUAAAAUCAAAUAGAUGCUUUUGGUUUAAGUGAAUGUCAAAAUUAUUAAGGAGCUUGAAUUAUAAGCAGCUAUAAUUCCAUUAUCAACAACAAACUUGUAAUUGCAUUGUUUAUAAAUAGGAAAAAUUGGUAAAAUCUUUGCUUUCUAAAACAAUAACAAAUAAAUAAUAUCAUAUUCUCUUUAACUAAUAGGUAGAUCGCCUAUAAUUUUAAUGGGAUUCUUCAUUUAGGAGAAAUUGAACAUAAAGGGAUUAAUGAAUUAUAUCAAUUGCAAAAUGAAUUGCACUGUUUUUCAGAUUCCACUGUCGAAAUUUACGACAUUAGCCUAAUGAAGCAUCAAUAAAUUUUAGUAUAAUAUUUGGUUCAUCUAGAAAUACAUUCAGCAAUUGAGUUACUUAAAUGAACUAUUUUGUUUUUUGAAAACAUCAAUCCUAUUAAUAAAUACUCAAUUAUAGGACAUUUUCAAAUGUUACCAACUAAAUAUCAUAGGUCCAUUGAUAUCUUUUGGGCCUUAGGAAUCAAUCAAUUUCCAUAUUCUGAAAUUUUACCAAAAAGGGGAUUGUCCUCAGGAACUUGUUCAAUUCUUUCAAAAAGAAUUAUACAAUACUAAAAUUUUGUAAAAAAUGGAUGAUGUAAUAUAUAUAUUUAAUUUAAAUUAAGAAUAUCACAAACAGUUUCAAUAAUAUUUAGGAAAUUAUUUAGGAUUCAUUGAUGAAUGUCUUAUCAAGAAUUUUAAUCAUUCUCAAUUUCUUUAUUCAAUCAAAAAAUAUGUAAGGAAAAUCUAAUUGAUAUUUAAAUAGGCCCUUUUAUUAAGGAUUACACAAAACUCCUUUUGAAGAAUUAUAACAAACAGUCUAAAAGAUCUAAAAAUUAUUCAGCAGAUUUUAGAUAGAGUGUCAUUAGACGAAGUUACAUUUGAGAAACUUUUUCGUUUGGUUGAAUCUAUGUGCAAUAAAGGCAGGAAAUGAAUAAGAAGUUGAAUGUGAGAAUGUAAACUCCCCUCUCAAUAAAAUAGAAGUAGAUCUAUCAAAACUAUUUGAUUUCUUGAAGGAUAAUCACUUGUUUUAGUUACGAAACUUGUAAUGCUUCUAUUAGGGCAAAAUAUGUAUUUAAUAUAUUUAAUUUAAUUAGCACCAAGGACAUUUUUUACUAAGGUAGUUGUAUAGAAGAAUGUAGAGUUCAAAUAAACAGAAAAUAUUACUAAGAUAUUAUAAAAUGUUUUUAAAGAUAGUUAUAUGGACAAUGUUAAACAGUAAUAAAAUUAAAUAGAAUAUGAAGAAUCUUUUGAAACAGUCAACUCAUUAAUUAGAGAAUUGCAAAAUAAUUUAGAUAAAAUUGCUAUAAAUUUGAAACCUCAACUUAAAAACAAAAUCAACAUUGAUCUUUCUAGUUCAAUUCUCAGAUUUUCCGAGAAAUCAGAAGACUCAUAUUUGAUCUCAGUCUUAAAAGACAAUACCAUCAUUCAAUACACUUAUUAAUAGCAGGGUUUCGCCAAAUCAAAAAAGAUUUAGUUUAAUAACAAAUUUAUAAAGGAAUUAUAAUAUUUUGAUGGGAAACUAAUCAUUUUGAGUACAAAUCAACAAUAGUCAAGUGACUUGGCAAGAACCAAAUAAUAAAAGGAAGAGGGGUUGUUUAAUUAAUUGUAAUUGAAAGCAUAUAUUUCAUCGGGAGAUUUGGAAAUCCAGAACAAAUUUGAAUGUCACUCAAUCAAAGAUCUGUAAGUUAGUAAGAAAGGAUUAAUAUCUAUCAUUAUAGAUUCUAAAAAAUUAAUUAUUCUUUCCAUUUGA